AUGCCUAUUCAAUACAGUCAGGUGGCCACAUAUGAGCGUGUUUUGAUCAUAUAUGCUAUUGUCUCUUCCACUCCAUUUGACAUGGCUACGGUCAUUAGAGAUCAAACUACCAGGUGCAUCACAGACUCAGCAGUCCGGAGUUGGUUUUUCCCUGUCUUAGUGACAAUGGAUUGUGCUAAGGCAAAUGUAAGGUUUGUCCCUGCUGACCUGCAAGAAACCAUAUCUUGUCCAUGGAGUUUACAAGGAUUGGCCAGAGAACCACCACCAAGAGAAGAGCCACCAGAAAUUACUGGAAUCAGGAAGAAGCACUUCACUAAACAACAAAAGUACAUCAUGAAUUAUAUCCAUCGAUUAGCUGUGAGGCAAGAGGAAAUGCUCCGGCACAUCCAUGACAAAACAGGUUGCGAAAGUGAUUGCCCAAAACCACAAGGUCCACCACCUCAUCCCUUUGAAGGGAUGAAUCCAUAA